GUUGGAGCGGACAGUCUGGUUAACUGGAAUUAGAGGCUGCCGUGGGUAGACUCUGGCAGACCAUCAUGUGGCUGCUGGCAGAAGGUUGAAGGCUGAGGAAGCUCCGACUGACUGUCUACACUACCGGGGAAGCUGGCUCCAAUGUCAAAAUGCCAACCUUUUCAGUCAUGUAUAAAGGAGCCGUCAUCAUUAGCAGGACAUUAAUGGGUCCAUACGGAGUAGACAGAGCUGUUCAUUCCAUGGAGUUUACUGACUGUGAGAAUGGCCUGGGGAUUAAAGUGAUUGGUGGAGUGAAGGAGCUAACUGGAGAGGAGUUUGGAGUCUACGUCAAACGGAUUUUACCAGGUGGCCUUGCAUCUAGUGAUGGAAACCUGUUGCCCGGGGACCAGAUCUUGGAGGUAAACGGGGACAGUCUAGUAGGAGUCACAAGUGAAAGAGCUGUGGACGUCUUGAGAGCAGCCUCUGCGACCAAUCUUAUGCGCCUUCUCAUAGCCAGAGAUGAGGAAGCAAAGAGAGAAUUUGCUGAGUUGCUGGAAAAGUAUGGAUCUAAUGGUAGCACAGGAUCAACACGCAACUCUCCCAUACAGCAAGGAGGCCGCUACCUGGAGAGUACAUCAUCUGGUUCCUCGUCUCGCUCCCAGAGUCCUCUGUUGUUGAGCCCAGCGGGCUCUCAGAACACGUACAACAACAGUGGGCCCAUGCUGCGCUCCCUCAGUCAUCCAGGUGAAGGAGUGAUUCAGCUCAUUUCAGUGGCACGAUCCAGCAGUUUGGGCAUCACCAUCGGAGGAGGCUCCAACAAGCCUGACGGCCCCGCUGUGUUCAUCCAGGAGGUGCUGUCUGGAGGAGACUGUCACCGGGAUGGACGACUGAGGCCUGGAGAUCAGCUCAUUGCUGUUAACAAGGAGUCCUUGAUAGGUGUGACCCACGAGGAGGCCAAAAGCAUGCUGAACAAAGUCAAAUUUAGCCAAGACAAUGCUGUGGAAAUAGCCUUCAUCCCAGGGAAAGGACUUUUUCCAAGCAGCACAUCUCUCCACAACGGGGUCCAGCGCGCCGCAGGCAACAGCUACAACUCUGGACGCUUAAAAGUCCACAUCAGAUCACCUGAGAUCUGUACAGAGGAGCCAGCCCCAGUGUCCUCCCCUUCUCCUGACAUCUGCCCACCAGAUAUUCAUAUUUCAGGUUCAACCAGCCAGAGGUCACCAGUGGGCGCCAAACCUAAGAUAACACUGGACCCCCACAUACGCCUCAAAUCAGACAAGUUAGACUUGGCUUUGUCCUUCCUCGGGUUGGAUGUCACAGAAGAGAAGAGGAAGAAGUUGAGACAGAGUCUGACCACAGACCCACAAGGCACUGUGGCCUAUGGAGACUUCGUGGAGGCCACCCGGAACAUUUUCCAGGAAGAGCUGGAGGAGCUGGGUUUAGGGGCGGGACCCUUCAUGUUUUCCUAUCACGAAGCAGCUAGUUUGAUGGACACGUCCGCCUUCCACUCCCCCACAUAUGAAUCAGAAUGCAGCUACAGCAGUGAGGAGAUGGAGCAGUUUCAGACAGAGGUGAAGCAGCUGCACACCCAGAUGAAGCAGCUCAAGGUGAUGCUAAAGGACAUGGAGCACAGCAAGAAAACUCUGGAGGAGGAGCUGCAGAAGACGUCAGAGAAAGCAGGUUUGACUGUGGAGGAGAACACCCGUCUGAAGAGUCAGCUCCAGGCAGCAGAGGCCGAGGCCGGGCAGCAGCAGGCCGGGCAGCAGCAGGCCGGGCAGCGGCAGGCCGGGCAGCGGCAGGCCGGGCAGCGGCAGGCGGGGCAGCGGCAAGCGGGGCAGCGGCAGACCAGCAGCGCGGAGCAGGACUACGAGGAGGUCAUCCAGCUGCUGGAGGCCGAGAUUAGAGACCUGAAGAACCAGCUGGCCAGCAAGAGGCAAGCACGGGGACUGGAAUCCACUAAGGAGGAGGUGCUGGAGCUCAACAGGAGGCUGACGACUGUUGACUGUCAGCUGAGGAAGUCGGAGCUGAGCAGGAAACACCUGGAGGUCUCCAACAAGAAACUGCUGGGCUUUGCACAGAAUGUCCACAACGUGCUGACAACACCCAGCCUGUUUGGAGGAGAAGGCGGAAGCAGCAGAUCAUCUCCAGCCACCAACAGCCCCGACACCCCGUCACCAUUUCCUGAUUCCGCCUUCCAACUGGCUGUGGAGGCCAAAGAGCUGGUGGCAGGAGUCAGCCCCCCCACUGCUGAUGACAAAGCAUCAGUCCCAGAUGUUUAAGCCUCAUCUCAUGUGAGGGCAGCACAGAGCCAGAGAGGAUUUUGGGAGGACCUGGGCCGGCUGAAGAGGCUGAAUGAGCAGCUGAACCCAUGAUGGACUACAUCAUAGCCGGAACGCUGGACGCUAUCCAACACACCUCCUUAAAAAUAACGAUCUCUUCAAUAAAUUCAAAUCCUCCAUUUACAGUGACAGAUUGAACACAACAAAGCCAAUGUUUUAAUGCCAAAGCUUGUUCGCACACAUAAAAUUAGUGUCUUGUUUUUGAAAUAUUCAAGUCUUUACGGAGGGUUCAGCAGUGAGGUGUGUCUCACUCAGCCACGACCCGAGGACUCUUCAUUCCCCAUAAUAAGAGUACAGAAGACUCUAUGAAAUGUGCUCUGCCAAAUAAAAAGUCAGCUGGAAUUCUGUGUUACUUUGACAGCAGGUGGUGUUGGAGGAGCUGCAUGACCGAGUCCACAACACACACAUGCUGCUGUAAACCUUGUUAAUACUCCUCCCCAACACUUUUCUACCCCCCUUCCCCCAGAUUCACUCCAUGGAUUGCAUGUAUAGGAGGACGUGUUAGCUUCGAAAGGACAAUCCAGAGAGCUGGUCUGUUCAGUCUUCCUCUGUGUCAUAAUAACUCGCUGCCAUCUGUCUCUAUCACACACGCCACUUGUUCUCUGCCACGGGGUAUGAACUGGUGAGCAAAACAAAAACAAAAACAGUGUUCCUUUUUCCAUCCUGAUAACUCCUCGUGCCCUUAUUCAUUAAUGAAAGGCAAAGAAUGAAGUAUUGGCAGAUAUCGCACUGGAGCAGUGUUAUCUGUGACUUCAUCCUGCAUGGUUCAUGUCGAUGCGUCUCCUGCAUCCAGAGGACAGUUAGCUCCUGCUGUGUAAACUGUGUUUGGUAGUCAGUCUGGGCAGACAUCCGUCAUAGACUACUCAUUUGAUUUAAACAGACAACUUUUAAAAAUACUGAAAUGUCCUGUACUUCAACAAGAUUGCAUCUUUGGUGUGGCCUCAUAUCUUUCUGUUACUGUUUUAUAUUAAAGGACUAACUGCUGA